AUGCAGCAAACAAACUAUACCAGGCCAACAGAGUUUAUAUUUAUCGGAUUCACAGAAUAUCUGCCAUUCAGAGUCAUGCUGUUCUUAGUAUUUCUCAUAGUGUAUACAUUAACUGUGGUGGGAAAUAUGGGCUUUAUAAUCCUAGUUAAUAUCGAUUUAAGCCUUCAAACCCCCAUGUACCACUUUCUUAGCAAUCUGUCUUUCUUAGAUAUCAGCUAUUCUACAGCCAUUGCUCCUAAAAUGCUCAUAGAUUUCUUAGCCUCCAAGAAGAGCAUUUCUUUCCAUGGAUGUGCAAUACAGAUGUUUUUCUUUGCAUGCUUUGCAGAUGCAGAGUGCCUUAUCCUGGCUGCAAUGGCCUAUGAUCGCUACGCAGCCAUUUGUAACCCACUGCUUUAUGCCACACUAGUGUCUCAAAGGGUCUGCCUCAGCCUUGUCGUGUUGGCAUAUUUUAGUGGAAGUGUGACCUCUCUGGUGCACGUGUCCCUCACGUUCAUGCUUCCAUACUGUGGCUCCAACAUUGUCAACCACUUUUUUUGUGACAUACCACCUCUGCUUGCUCUAUCUUGUGCGGAUACUCAUAUUAAUGAGCUUCUGCUCUUUGCCUUAUGUGGUUCAGUUCAGACCGGCACCUUUGUGGUCAUCCUCAUCUCUUACUUCUGUAUCCUUAUCACUGUUUUCAGCAUCAAGUCCCCAGGAGGCAGGAGCAAAACCUUCUCCACCUGUACAUCCCAUCUCAUAGCUGUCACCUUGUUUUAUGGAACACUCUUGUUUAUGUACCUGCGUCCCAACACCAGCUAUUCCCCAGACACUGACAAGGUAGUUGCUCUGUUUUACACUGUUGUCUUUCCUAUGUUGAAUCCAAUUAUUUACAGCUUUAGAAACAAGGAUGUGAAAAAUGCACUCAAAAAAAUAUUUGAAAGAAGGAAGACCUUCAAGUGAA